AUGAGUGCUUUCAACUCUAUUAAUAUUUCGACGACCACGGAUUCCUCGAGAAAUGAUUCAAAGAUCAACGAAGAAGUCAAAGUUAUGGUUCCACCAUUGAACUUUGCCAUGGUGGCGCCGGGCGUCUACCGUUCGGGACAUCCGAAUCGUCAGAACUUUCCCUUUCUCAGAAAGUUGGAAUUAAAAAGUUUAAUAUAUCUUUCAUCUGAUGACAUUCGCGAAGAAUUGGAUCAAUUCGUGAAAGAACAAAAAAUUCAAAUUUUUCAUUAUCGGAUUGAUGGGAACAAAGAACCGUUCGCGGAGAUCGAAGAAAAGGAAAUUAGCAGUGCUCUGGUAAAAGUGCUGGAACCGUCUUAUUUACAACUCAUCAUAGUCUUGAUACAUUGUAAUAAGGGAAAGGUGAGCUCUUUGUCUUAG